CGGGGUUCGCAUGCGCAGUGCGGAUGUUGUUGGGGACCUUGGAGUGAGUUGUCCGUCUCCAGGACACCAUGGGCUGUGAUGGAGGAACUAUCCCGAAACGACAUGAGUUGGUGAAAGGGCCCAAGAAGGUGGAGCAGGUUGACAAAAAUGCUGCAUUAGUUGCCCGCUGGAACUACUGUGCGAUCAGUCAGAGACCUCUGAGGAAACCCAUAGUCGCUUGCGAACUUGGCAGAUUGUACAACAAAGAUGUUGUCAUUGAAUAUUUAUUGGACACAUCUCCAGAGAAAUGCAUUAUAGAGACUGCAGCACACAUUAAGAACCUUAAGGAUGUGAAGGAGCUAAAUCUGACUGACAAUCCAGCCUGGAAAGGUGACAAGGUGAACACAAAAGGUGACAAGUAUGAAGAUUUGCAAGGUGCUGCAUUCAUCUGUCCUGUCGUUGGUUUGGAAAUGAAUGGUCGACAGAAGUUUUGCUAUCUCCGCGACUGUGGCUGUGUCUUUUCGGAGCGUGCUAUGAAGGAGAUAAAGACUGAAGUUUGCCAUAGGUGUGGGAAACCUUUCAAAGAAGAUGAUGUGAUUAUACUGAAUGGGAAUAAAGAAGAAAUAGCAGAUCUCCAAAGGAAAAUGGAGGAAAGAAAACUCAAAGCCAAACUAUUGAAGAAAGCUAAGAAGUCCAAGGCAAUAGAAUCUUGUGUGAAAUCUGCACGUACUGAAGAAAUUGCGGGGUCAUCAACCCAGAAACCCAAAGAGACUAAAGUAGCCAUUGACAAGAUGCUGAAUGGAUUUUCGAGCUCUUCUGGUGCAGCAAAUGCACAGUCGUCAUCGUCCUCAUCUACAUCCACUACAGGUGGGAAAGCUGAGAAACUUGGUAAACCUGUUUCUGGCAUCACCAAACGAUCUUUUACAGAAACUGAAGAGAAAUCAGAGGCUUACAAAUCCAUCUUCACAUCUCAUAGCUCAGCUAAGCGCUUAAGGGAGGAAAAACCCAAUUGGAUCACACACACAGCUUACUACUACUGAGAUGGCCAGCAAUGCUUAAAUUCUUGUCUUUCCUAAUAUUAAAUUGAUGGGAUUAGCUUUAUUAUCAUGAGAUAGAUGCCUUCUCCAUGUUAUUACAUGCAGGAGAAGUUAAUUCUACAACUGAAUACUUUAUUUGCAGCAUUUAUUAAUCACCUCGUUGUAAAAGAUAAAACUUGGCCUUUGUAUCAUACUAUUCCGGUGAUUGAAAAUCUGUAGAAUCCAUAUAUUAACGUUCCUUGAUGGGUGCAAGUGCUUUCUGGCAAUGACUUCUUACUCAAUAUCAGUUUAGUUGGCUAGGAUUCAGCCUGCAAAUUUGUAACUUUUUUUGAAGUAUCUGAUGACAUUUCUAACUCUGGCAAAUUAAAAUGUUCACCAAA